AUGUCCCUCUUCUCUGCCAUGGCCGACGAGGGCAGCGUGUGGGCGCAGGGCUCGUCGCUCUUCAACGUCUCGAGUCCGCUCAACGACCUGCUGGAGAAAGACGAGUUCACGCUGGAGCAAGUGCUGCAGGAGGACGAGCUCGUGCAGGAGGUCAAGACGCGCAAUACGAAGCUGAUUGAGUUCCUCUCGCAGGAGCUGAUCGUCCAGCGUCUCGUGGAAUUCGUCGUGUGUUCGCCCGAGGACAAGUCGGACGACGUGCGGACGCUCAAGUUCCCCUACAUGUCGUGCGAAGUCAUUUGCUGCGACAUUUCGAGCAUCACCGAGACGCUCGUGACGGCGUCGGACGGUAAUAUCGUCGAGACGCUGUUUGAGUUUCUGUACGAGACGGACGAGCUGCUGGAUCCGCGACUUGCUGGGUACUUUGAGAAGAUCGUGACGAUGCUCAUGGUCCGUAAACCGCAGGAAAUGACGGCGCUGCUGAAUAAGAACUCGGACAAGUUGCUGGCCGGGUUUGCGCGUCACGCAGCGAGCUUUUCCGUCUCGGAGCUGCUCAAACGGCUGUUGCAGCCGGACCAUAGUGACUAUAUGGACGACUGUAUGGAUUUCCCAGGCAUGUCAAUGGGGUUUGCGCCCUCGAAUUCGUGGUACGGAGGAGAGGACGAAGACGCACAGAGUGCAGGUGGGACGCCCACGGAGUCAACGAACAAGACGCUGACGUGGCAAUUGGAACCAAAAGUGGUCGAUCUGCUGCUGGAUACGUUGGCAGACGCAAACGCUGAUAGUGACGCGCAUAAGCACGCGUCGGAAGUGUUGGUGGAUAUUAUUCACUGCGGGACACGUGCCCAACGAACGGAUCCGGCGUCGCCUGCGAGUUCGACUACACCCGUCUCGUUUGCGCUGUUGGAGCACUUGGAGACAAAGGAAGUGGCUGAAAAGUUAGUUGCGCUGGCCGUUCCUGCAGAUGAUGGUGUUGGCUCGUGCGUGUCAUCGAUGACAGGUGCCAUUUCCGUGCUGAGUGCUCUCUUGUCGCGCGCAACGAACUCGCAGUACUGCGCCACAGACGAGGCACCGCCCGUAGUGAUUUGCACUGUUGAACGACUGCCGCAGAUUUGUGCGAUUCUUAAGGCAGACGAAGCAGUUGCUGGAAGUAUCCGUAAUCAGCGUCAUCAGGAAGUCCCGCGCUUGGGGCUGCGUCGACUGAAGAUGGUGGGGCUUGUUGUUCUACUGAUGCAAUCCAAGUACCAGAAGGUGGACGUGGCACUGCUUGAGCAUCACGCGAUUGGAACUUGCUUGGACCUUUUUUUCAAAUUCGAGUUGGUCAACAUGCUCCACGCUGAUGUUGAGAGUAUGGUGAUUGGCAUCUUAGAAAGCGGUAGCCACAAUUUGUUGGUAGGAUUAGUGAAGGAAGCGCGUCUGCUACCGCGUAUCGUUGAGGCGCAUGAAAAGAACGGUGAAGCUACAGCAGUUGCGAAGGGUUUCUCGCUCGGAUAUGUAGGCCAUCUCCACCGAAUUUGCAACACGCUGACAACAAUGCUGGACGAUGUGCGUGGUAGCGCAAAAGACGAAGGAUCGUUAAAUGAGAUGCGGCAUGCUGACACGGUGCUUGAGCUUUUCGAAGAGGACGAAGUCACGUGGAAGAAGUGGGAUGAACUGUCGAGCAAGGUGCUUGCCCCCAUUUACGAGCGUGAGCGGCUGCCUCUGGGUGGUGCUACAGUUACUCAGGGAAGCGAAGACCCGUACUCGGGCAUGGGCUUUAAUCAGAACGACGAACUUUUGAACGCACAAUUUGUCGAGAUGCUAGGCGCCUCGGGCUUCGGCUCUGAUCCAAAUGGCUUUGAUACGGACUUCGACGCUAAGGACACUGAUACACCUAUGCUACCAGAAAUCAUGAACGAUAGCAGCAGUAGCGAGGAAGAAGACGAGGAAGAGCUUGCACGGCAGGAAAGUGUUCCUAAGGAAAGCCAGGGUGGUUCCGGUGCCGACAGAUGGGCAAGCUGUGAGUCUAGCGGCAGCUGGGCCAAAUUUGAGGGAACUUUCGAGGACAUUCCGUAUGAGCCCAUUCCCGGUAUGGAGAAUGACGAAUUUGACGAUAACGAACCAGUACCUGCAAUUGUAACUACGGCCGACCUGGCUGCAAACAUCGCAGCCUCACGGUUGGCUGAAGCUGCGGCUGCUCCCGUUACGGAGGAAACGGCAACAGAAAAUAUACCGGCGGAGGCAACUGCGGAGAUUACGGCCGAUCUGGCUCCGAACAUCGCAGCCCCGCCGUUGACUGAAGCCGCGGCUGCCCCUGUUACGGAGGAAGCAGCAACAGAGAAGGUGCCGGUAGUGGCAGAUGCGGAGAUUGUUGCAGUGGAAGGGUCUACGGAGGAAGCGGCAACAGAGAAGGUGCCGGUGGAGACAAAUGCGGAGACUGUUGCAUUGGCGGGGUCUGCAACUCCGGACGAUACAGAGACGGAACCUCGGGCUACGGAGGAGGAUGGCAAUAGUGUGGAGGAAGCACCUAGUGCAGACGCAGCGGUAGAUGCACCUUCAGGGGAUGUUGCUGCACCGGAGGCGCAGGCGUGA